GUGGGGACGUAGAGGGGAGGAGUAAACAUACUGCUCUGCACACUGCUGUGCAUGCCAGCAUAGUCAAUUAGUGUGGAGCAGACUGGUGGAGGAGGCUGCAGUUCAUGGGAUCAUUUGAUGUAAUUUGACUUUUACCUGUGCUUCAUGAGCAUCUGAUCACCUGAAGGGCUUCCUGCAGGAGCAAGCGGGAAGUAAAGCACGUCUGACAUCCGUCUGGUUUCAGUCAUAUCCACACACAGUCAUCAACAGGUAGAAGGCAUCAACAUGCUCGAGCAAGUUCUGUCAUUCGGCCGCUCCCUGGUGCGCAGGAAAGUGGUCGACCUGAACAACCUGGAAGACUCCAAGCUCUGCCGCUGCCUGGGAACCGGCGACCUCAUUGCAUUGGGAGUGGGCAGUACCCUGGGCGCCGGUGUCUACGUGCUGGCCGGCGAGGUGGCAAAAGGAAACUCCGGCCCCAGCAUUGUCAUCUCUUUUCUGAUUGCCGCCCUAGCCUCCGUCAUGGCCGGCUUGUGUUACGCUGAGUUUGGGGCCCGUGUCCCCAAAACAGGCUCUGCUUACCUAUACAGUUACGUGACUGUCGGAGAGAUCUGGGCCUUCAUCACUGGCUGGAAUCUAAUUCUCUCCUAUGUGAUUGGUACCUCCUCGGUGGCCAGAGCUUGGAGUGGCACGUUCGAUGAGAUGAUCGGAGGACACAUAGAGAUAUUUUGUAAAACCUACUUCAGCAUGAACUCGCCCGGUCUGGCUCAGUACCCUGACUUUUUUGCUGUCUGCUUGAUACUGCUGCUCUCUGGGCUUCUGUCAUUUGGGGUGAAGGAAUCAGCCUGGGUCAAUAAAGUUUUCACUUCAGUCAACGUGCUCGUACUUUUGUUCGUCAUCAUCUCCGGCUUUGUCAAAGGAGACACGUACAACUGGGAGAUAUCGGAGGAAUCCCUUAUAAAUGUCACCAUAUUAAGAAGGAACUUGUCAGUCACGGCCAACGUGAGCAGUGAUUAUGGAGUUGGAGGAUUUAUGCCGUACGGCUUCAGUGGGACUUUGGCUGGAGCAGCCACUUGCUUCUAUGCCUUUGUGGGAUUUGACUGCAUUGCGACUACAGGUGAGGAAGUACGGAACCCGCAGAAGGCCAUUCCCAUCGGCAUCGUGGUGUCACUGACCGUGUGUUUCCUGGCUUACUUUGGCGUGUCGGCUGCGCUCACCCUCAUGAUGCCCUACUACCUGCUGGACGAGAAGAGCCCUCUGCCCAUGGCCUUUGAAUAUGUGGGGUGGGGUCCCGCAAAAUAUGUGGUGGCUGUGGGUUCACUCUGUGCCCUUUCUACCAGCCUGCUGGGCUCCAUUUUCCCUAUGCCUCGUGUAAUCUAUGCUAUGGCAGAGGAUGGGGUGCUUUUCAAAGCCUUAGCCCGAAUCAAUCCUAAGACGAAGACCCCACUUAUUGCCACUAUGACCUCCGGUGUAGUAGCAGCCAUCAUGGCUUUCCUGUUUGACCUCAAAGCCCUGGUUGACAUGAUGUCCAUUGGAACCCUGCUGGCCUACUCGCUGGUUGCUGUUUGUGUACUGAUCCUCAGGUACCAGCCGGACGGAUCUCUGGAGGGGCGUACAGGUGAGAGGGACUACCUCUCGUCGGAGGGCGAGUCAGACCUGACAGAGUCCGAGUCCCACCUCCACAUGUUGAAGAGUGGCAGCUCCACCCUGCAGACCGUCCUGCACCCGCCUGUCACCCCCUCUGAACAUUCCUCCAGUGUGGUCAACAUGACCAUCUGUGUGCUCGUGACGGUUGUGUGCGUGGUCAGCUAUCUCACCACGUACCACAUCGGCUGCAUCCUACGUGCGGAGGUGUGGAUCCUGGCGUUGCUGUGUGUGUGUCUCCUCAUCUUCAGCGGCUGCGUCGUCAUGGUCUGCAGGCAGCCUCAGACGAGCAAGAAGGUUUCCUUCAUGGUUCCUCUUCUGCCUUAUCUGCCCAUUCUGAGCAUCUUUGUCAACAUUUACCUCAUGGUUCAGCUGAGUGGAGAUACGUGGAUACGUUUCUCUGUGUGGAUGGCUGUGGGCUUCCUGAUCUACUUUGGCUACGGCAUGUGGCACAGUGUGGAGCGCCAGCGCCUACUCCAGCUCUCUCUAAGCAGCGCGAACACAACCCAGGAACAGAGCAAGAGCAGCAGGGAGAAGAAGGAUGGUGUUGGUGCGGCAGGAAAAGACCAGGAGCGUUUCCUCUCCCCAGAGAAGACGAGCCAGUGUUAAAGUUCACCAGCUCGGUCACAGACUCUGCGAGGCAACAGAUGCAUAAAAGCACACAGCAGCUCUGCCUUCAUGCACCUGUAUAUGCUGCUUCCCCGUGCGCGCUUCAGUCACGAGCACAUUCAGCCCGCCAGAAAGGCAGCGUCAGUAUUCUACAUCAGGGCGACGGUCAACAUGAUGAGACCCCAUCCUGUACGCCACAUCCUCUUUCAUGGACAGCAUGGAGGCAGCACAGAACUUACACCAGGGAGGGACGUUCAUUUCCUUUAGCACUGAAGACUGCAGUGACACCUCUCUGUUUCUUAACGGACUCCAGUUUUUAAUGCAUGACACACUGUUUGUCUUUCCUGUCAGGUUUUACUCUGUGAAAUCUGUUUGAUCCUCUCAAAGGUCCAGAAUAUUGUUAGAUUUUGAUACAUCACUUAUAUAUUUGAAUUGUACAUAAUGUUGGUUAAAGCACUUGUUUAAGGCAGAAACAGGGCCAAUGUUAUUUAUAGAAUAUUACAACUGGUGUGUGCCUUGAUGUUGCAUAUGCAUAAAUGUGAAAUUGUGAUAUCUGUAUAAAAAAGAUCAUAGAACACUGAGACAUUUAGACCAAUGUACAAUUGUUUUGUAGGCCCUUAACAUGUCGUGAUUAUACGUCUGUGACCUGAACGUUUGGCCAAAAGCUGGUGGUUAAUUCAGGCCAGUGUAGAUACUGUACUUUGUAACACAUCAUAGCAACAUUAACAGUAGUUAUUGAGAUCUUUGUAGCUGGUGUGGUGGAUUUUAAUCUGCACAGGUUUUACUUUUACUCUUACUCGGAUGUGGUAUAUUUGUGAACUGUUAAAAUCCCAUUAUGAAGAUUGUUAUCCAGACAGAACUUUUCUCAUUAAGUAUUAUUAGUUUAUUUUUCUUCACACUGUCAGAUAACGACACUGUGUUUUCUUCCGUCCGAUAAUUUUGUGUUAUUUUGACAUUGACUCAGACUCUCUGUUGAUAUAACCUUCUUGAUAUUAUUUGAUAUUAUUUGAACUAACAAACAGAAAUGAAUUACAAGUGAAAGUAUUAAGUAAGUUAAUGUUUCUUCUGCAGCAUAUUUUAAAUGAAAUGGGCGUGGUUUUCCACAGAUUUCUUCUCUUUGUGUUCAGUGUCUCACUUCAACGGCUGGAGUCUGUGUUUUGACUCUUUGCUCUGGAAGUUUCAGAGAUGGCAUCAGUUCCUCUGGGCUCUCAGGGGCCACCUGGGUUGUACUUGUACUAUGAAUUGAAAGGCUCAGUGAGCUCUGGUCUUAAUAAAUAAAAAGCAGAACAGAUGUGUGUAUUCUACCAGACUGAAUCUCCACAUUAACAGUGAAGUAAAAGCAUAAAGUACCUAGAAGUAGUCAUGAAGUAGUAUCAUCGGUACCAACUGCACAGACAAAUACAAUAAAUAUAUUUUCAAAAAACA